AUGGACGCCGACACGUCGCGCCAGGUGCGCGUGCGCUUCGUCACGAAGCUGCCGCCUCCGCUCCGCGCGCCGCCCACCGCCAUCGCGGUCCCCGCCGAGCUCUCCCGCAUGGGCCUCUCCGAGAUCGUCAACAGCCUCCUCCUCUCCGCCGAGCCGGACCACCAGGCGCAGCCCUUCGACUUCAUCGUGGAUGGCGAGCUCGUGCGGAUGCCGCUCCAUCAGUUCCUGCUCGCCAAGGGCAUCUCGGCGGAGCGGGUGCUUGAGCUCGAGUACAUAAAGGCCGUGGCGCCGAGGAAGCAGGAGCCACCAUUGCCACACGAUGACUGGGUUAGCGCGGUUGAUGGGUCCAACCCAAGCUUCAUAUUAACAGGUUGCUAUGAUGGUCUUGCAAGAAUAUGGAAAGAUGCAGCUGAAUGUACACAAGUUUUGGAGGGACACAGUGGUGCAAUUACUUCUGCCAGCUUCAUCAAUAAAGGAGUUGAAACUGAUGGCAGUUUGCAUGUUGUGACUGGCUCAAAGGAUAGGUCAUUGCGCCUGUUCAAGUUUGAUACUUCAGUCACCAUCGGCUCCUCGAAGCGAAUUGGAGCUUACAAAAUUCUUCCUGGCCAUACAUCAUCUAUUCAAAGUAUUGCUGUUGACCCUUCCAGAAAUAUGAUAUGUUCUGCUUCCUGGGAUACCACUAUUAAGCUAUGGGCAGUCGAAGGAUCUGAAGAAGAUGGCGACACCGUCUCUGUGAAAAAGAGAAGGAUGAACUCUGAUGCAUCUGGACCUGAAGAGUCUCAGUUAGAGGGUUCAGCAUCUUCAACACUUCUGGGACAUACACAAUGUGUUUCUUCUGUUGCUUGGCCUGAGCAGCGAACAAUAUAUUCGGCAUCUUGGGAUCAUUCUGUUCGGCAGUGGGAUGCUCAAACAGGGAGAGAAACAUGGAACAUGUUUUGUGGGAAGGCCUUGAAUUGUUUGGACUGUGGUGGCGAGGGCUCUUCACUGAUUGCAGCUGGUGGUUCUGACCCUGUAUUGAGGGUAUGGGAUCCCCGCAAACCUGGAACGACAGCUCCUAUUUUCCAGUUCUCUUCACACUCAAGCUGGAUCUCCGCCUGCAAAUGGCAUCCAAGUUCCUGGUUUCAUUUGAUAUCAUCCUCGUUUGAUGGGAAAGUGAUGUUGUGGGAUCUAAGAACAGCUUGGCCUCUGGCUUCUGUGGACUCCCACAAAGAUAAGGUUUUAUGCGCCGAUUGGUGGAAAGGAGACAGCGUGAUAAGUGGUGGAGCUGAUUCCAAGCUGUGUAUCUCAUCAGGGGUUGAGAUAGCGUGA